UUUCCGCAAAUCGUAAACAAAUGAGACCUGCAAGAACGAAAUUUUAACAAAAAUGAAGUGGCCAUCUAAUAAAAAGCUUAUUCAAAUAGCAGCUUAUGCUGGAGUUUUCACCGCCACCUCAGCAAUGCUGAUGCGAGACUCCAUAAUUCAAAGAAUCAAGAAGCAGGAUUAUUACACGGAAUCACUUAAAAUCCUGAGAGCACAUCCUGGCGCUGUGACUCUCAUGGGAGAGCCUAUUAAAGAACUUGGCUUCAAAUUAGAAGACAAAAAGAAUUUUGCCGAUGGUAAAAAUGCUCAUUUUGAAGUGAAAGUGAAAGGACCGAAAGACAGCGGUAAAAUGUACCUUUGGGCAGAAAGAGUCGAAGAGAAGUGGAAUGUCAAAAGAAUAGAGUUGGAACUCAAAAGUCAGGAAAAUAAGAGGCUAGUAGUGAAAAAGGAAGAAAAUUCAUCGUAGGAAUUUUGUUGAAAUUUAAUAUUUAAAUAAAUGUAGAACGAUUUUUGAAGUUUUGUUGGCUUGACAGAGGAUUUUUGGAUAAAUUUGGUUUUCUAGAGAACUGAAAUUAGAAAAAUUG